CGCCCCCGCUGCAGCCAGCGCGCACUCCCAGGAGGCGUUAGAGGUAGAAGCAGCACCAGCACCUUCCGCAGCAGCAGCAGCCACGGGCGGUCUCGGGCGGGGUCGGCCUGACUGACCCAGAGACUGAAGGCACCAGGGGCGCGCCGCCCGCUGGGGCCGGCCAUGGAAGGAGGUUCCUUCGGAGCAGGCCGUGCGGGGUCUGCCCUGGACCCUGUGAGCUUCGCGAAGCGGCCCCAGACUGUGCUCCGGGUCGUGUCCUGGCACCACCGGCUCAAGCCUGGAAUCACCAGUCCAGGUGAAGGCUUCUGUUCCCACACUCUUGAGUGGGCCGUGAAGAGACACUACCAGCCCAUGCAGUUCGGAAGACCCAGCUCGAAUGUCGGCCCCGGCUCUUAUCAGCAAUGGGACCUCAGACAAAUCACUUCACCUGUUGGAGCCCUAAUUUCCUCAUCUGUAAAGGGAAUAAGAACAAUGAAUGGCACCUUCGUGAUUUUCUGGGAGCAUUCUAUGAGUGAACACAUGUAAAGUAGCAGUUUUAAGCACGGUGCCUGGACAUAGGAGUUGCUCACCAAAUGGUGUUCUCCAUCGCCGUCUUCGGGCCCAUUGUCAAUGAGGGUUACGUGAACUCCGAAAGUGGUCCGGAGCUGCGCUGCGUCUUUAACGGGAACGCAGGUGCCUGUCGCUUCGGCGUCACGCUCGGCCUCGGCGCCUUCCUCGCCUGCGCAGCCUUCCUGUUCCUAGACUUGCGCUUCCAGCAGAUCAGCAGCGUCCGCGACCGCCGUCGCGCGGUGCUGCUGGACCUGGGCUUCUCAGCGCUCUGGUCCUUCUUGUGGUUCGUGGGCUUCUGCUUCCUCACCAACCAGUGGCAGCGCACGGCGCCCGGUCCAGGCACCAAGCAGGCUGGAGACGCAGCACGGGCCGCCAUCGCUUUCAGCUUCUUCUCCAUCCUCAGUUGGGUGGCGCUCACCGUGAAGGCCCUGCAGCGGUUCCGCCUAGGCACCGACAUGUCGCUCUUUGCCACCGAACAGCUGGGCACCGGGGCGGGGCAGGCCUACCCCGGCUACCCAGUAGGCAGCGGUGUGGAGGAUACCGAGACCUACCAGAGCCCACCCUUCACCGAGACCCUGGAUACCAGCACCAAAGGGUACCAGGUGCCCGCCUACUAGUGGCUGGCGGGCUCAGACUAGGGCCGGAAGGCUGCCCCACCAAUGCAGGGCCCACGGCCUCCUGCGACCUCCCUCAGGUCCCAGUCCAGCUUUAGGAAUGGAGAAGUGGCUACUGUGGGCUGUCUGGGACCAAGAGAGGAUAGCCUCCAGGGUGCCAGGGCUGUACCCACAAGUUUCCCCAGUAAGUACCUUUACUCUCCAGCCCCAUGCCUGAAGUCUUGAGGAAGGGACAGCACAGCCCUGGACAUGUGUGCUCCAGCCUCCAGUGGAUCAGCCUGCGCAGAGGGCCAUUCCCCUCAUGAGGCAGCCAGCCCAGGGUUUAUCUGUCCACUCUGGAGUGAGGGAUCCAGCUGCCCUCCAUAGCCAGGUGCAGGGCCUGCCCCAGACUGGGGGCAGCACUGUCUCCACCCCCAUGCCAUGACCCAGGGAACAUGGCUGAUGGCCACUGUUCCCCGUCUCAUGUCACCGUGGGUAGUGGCAGUUCUUGCUCCUGUUGUGGUGGUUCACCGCACGGGGCCAUGUGCUCUCUGGAGCCUCCCUCCCUUUCCUCUCACCUGCUCACUAGAGUAGCCUGGCCUUGUUGAUGUUGUGAUUGUAGUCUUCAAGUUUCAUCUGGUAGUUUCCAUGCCCCGCCCCAGGCCUCUGCCUGAGUGGGCAGUUCUGGCCAGGAAGGCACAGCAUGGCUGUAGGCCUGGGCACCAACCAGCCUUCUCUCAGCCCUUCAGUAAGACUUACCCAAGGGAGGCUUGGGACACCUGUGUGCCUGGCAAGACGAGCCCUGGAGAGGAGAGAGGCUGCAUUUGCCCAUGGUGCCCUGGAGACACCAUUCUGUGCAAACCCCUUUACCUUGGUUUCCUAGACCAGUCCUUCAACUCCCCACCCUGCACCCCAUUUUAAGGCCCAGUCCAAGGUUGGGGUCCCUCUGUAUAGCUGACUACUCAUGCAUUGCUCAAAGCUGGCUUUUCACAUUAUACCAGAUGCGGUUGCCACAUUCAAUUCUUAAAAACAGACACCUCCCUCUGGAGUUGCAAUUGAGUGACAACCCUGUACAUUGUAGCAUAGAUCAAUUAUGUGUGGAUAUUUAAGUGAACAUGUUUACAAUUUUUGUAUAUAUGGAUUUUCCCUGUCCUCUGAAAGAACAAUCCGUGAUUGUGUAUUUUCAGUGUCCCAUGUUCCAGCUGCAAGUUCUUUACAAUAAAGACUGGAGCCCUG